AGGUGCUCCGCCUGGAAAUGUCUCCAUUAGUUGUCGCCAGCUCCCCGCUGGAGCGCGCGCGCCGAACGGCCGCGCGGAGCCCUCGCGGGCGGCCGGGAGUGGCCCGGCGCCACCGCAGCCCCUAGGAGUCCACAGUCCCGGAGCAGUGGCUGCGACACGCUGGCCCCCGCGCCCAGGACCCUGCCUUCCCGCUGCUCUGGCUCUGGCUCAGACCCGCCAUGUCCUACCCGCAGUUCGGAUACCCCUACUCCUCGGCUCCCCAGUUCCUGAUGACCACCAACUCCCUGAGCGCGUGCUGCGAGACAGGCGGCCGCACGCUGGCCGAGUCCGGGCCCGCCGCCUCGGCCCAGGCGCCCGUCUACUGCCCGGUCUACGAGAGCCGGCUGCUGGCCACCGCGCGCCACGAGCUCAACUCGGCAGCGGCGCUCGGCGUCUACGGGGGCCCCUACGGCAGCUCGCAGGGAUACGGCAACUACGUGACCUAUGGCUCCGAGGCGUCCGCUUUCUACUCACUGAACAGUUUCGACUCCAAGGAAGGGACAGGGUCUGCGCAUGCGGGUCUGGCACCCGCCGCGGCCGCCGCCGCCUACUACCCUUACGAGCCAGCGCUGGGCCAGUACCCUUACGACAGGUAUGGAACCAUGGACAGCGGUACGCGGCGGAAGAACGCCACGCGCGAGACCACCAGCACGCUCAAGGCCUGGCUGCAGGAGCACCGCAAGAACCCCUACCCCACCAAGGGCGAGAAGAUCAUGCUGGCCAUCAUCACCAAGAUGACCCUCACGCAGGUCUCCACCUGGUUCGCCAACGCGCGCCGGCGCCUCAAGAAGGAGAACAAGAUGACGUGGCCGCCGCGGAACAAGUGCGCGGAUGAGAAGAGGCCCUACCGGGAAGGGGAAGACGAUGAAGGCGAAGAGGAGGCGCGGGACGAGCCUCUUAAGAGCUCUAAGAGCGAAGCUGAGGUCGUCAACAAAGAGAAGGAGCUUGAGCUCAGUGACUUGGACGACUUCGACCCUCUGGAGGCAGAGACCCCGGAGUGUGAGCUGAAGCCGCCCUUUCAGCCCCUGGACGGUGGCCUGGAACGUGUGCCCGCUGCCACCGACGGCCCUGGUGCCCCAGGCAAGGAGGCCUCCAGCGCCUUGCGGAUGCCUAUGGCCACCGGUGGCGGAGUGACACUGGACGAGGACCUGGAGAGGGCCCGCAGCUGCCUCCGAAGCGUACCUGUGGGGCCAGAGCAGCAGCCAGGAGGCACUGGAGCUGGCCCACAGAGCUGUGAGGCCAAGCUGGGCUUCGCACCCCCAGGGACAACCCCAGGCCUGGAGGCCAAGCCACGCAUCUGGUCCCUGGCGCACACAGCCACUGCGGCCGCGGCCACCGCUCUGAGUCAGACUGAGUUUCCUUCGUGCAUGCUUAAGCGCCAAGGCCAUGCUGCCCCUGCAGCCGCCUCAUCUGUGCCCUCUGUGUCCUCACCCUCAGCCCCCGCCCCCACCGGUGCGCUGGACCGGCACCAGGACUCCCCGGUCACCAGUCUCAGAAACUGGGUGGACGGGGUCUUCCACGACCCCAUCCUCAGGCACAGCACUUUGAACCAGGCCUGGGCCACGGCCAAGGGCGCCCUUCUGGACCCAGGGCCACUGGGACGUUCGUUGGCGUCUGGCACCAACGUGCUCACCGGGCCCCUGGCGCGCGCCUUUCCCCCUGCUGCGCCCCAGGACCCUCAGGCCGGGGCUGCAGGUAAGGAGCUCCUGGCUUUGCCCAAGGCUGGAGGCAAGCCCUUCUGCUCCUAA